AUGACCUUUGUUUUGAGAGCAGCUAUUGUUAUCAGUUCCCUUUGGCGGACAUCCGCCGACCAUCUGCAAUUCAAAUUUUGCUAAAUUUACUUAAGCGGAGAAAAGAACAAGAUAUAGUUUUCGCGUUGGCUUUAGAUCUGACGCCGAAGGGUCGUGUUGUCUUCCGCGACGAUGCCGUGAAAACGAAGGCAUUGGCGAGUUUAACAUUGGAAAACUUUGAAUAGCCAAGUUUUAAACCAUGUGGGGUCGCAUAAAAGAGAUAUUCUGUUAUUUCAGCCCCGAUGUUGGUAGUAGACGAUCUGAAUCAAGCUCGAGCUGGUUGAAUACGCUCUGUUUCUUCAUCUUCGGCACUCUCAGUUUUUUCAAUCAAGAAUUACUCUAUACAGCCUCCGAAGAUAUCCUGAGCGGGCGAAAACUUCCGACAUCUACAAUUCUUGUAUGUUUCGUGACGCCAUUGAUGGUUACAAAAAUACUCGCGCCGUGGUUUAUACAGAAGAUUCCGUACUUAGUGAAAGCUUCGUACAUCGUUCUGUGUAUGACUUUGGGGCUGGCUCUGAUCGUCUUCGUAGAAGAUAUGAGAGCGAAACUUGUGGGAAUUGCUUUAAAUGCCAUGGCUACUGGUGUUUCUGAAGUAGUAUUUCUUGCUUUGACUUCGUUUUAUCCACAGAUUGCCAUUAGUUCUUUCGUUGCUGGCACUGGCACAGCUUCGCUGAUCUCUCCACUUUAUUACACAGGUCUGACCACGUGGGGUUGUGUCUCUCCCAAAACCGCUAUUAUGAUGACAAUUCCCUUGCCUGUACUCAUCUUGGUCUUCUACGCAAUUUUGGACAAGGAAUAUAUUGUGACUGCUGCACACGCCAAGCCCACGGAACACGAAGGGGUUGAAUAUUCCAUCGUAGGAUCAACGAACGAAGAUACAGAACAGACCACGGAAGUCCCCCAAAGACCACGAUGCGACGAGAAGCUGAGAAUCGGUGCAAGAAUCUUGCCUUUCAUAAUCCCUUUAUUUUUUAGUUUCUUUGCCGAGUACAUGUCUAACUCGUCCGUGGUGACAACAAUCGCCUUUCCGAAAUCGCACAUUCAUCCACGGGACCACUUCCUCUACUACUCGCUUUCCUACAGAAUCGGUAAGUUUAUUGGUAGGAGUUAUUUGUUCGUCUUUGCAUGUCUACCCCCUGAAGCUACUGACCUCCUGAAGUGCGAUCGGACGUGGAUUCUGGCAGCAUUUGAGAUGUCACACCUGGUGUUUUUCCUGUUCGAAUCUUGGUACCAUUUUGUCCCGUAUAUCUGGGUAAUGAUUGCCCUCUGUUCCACUCUUGGGCUCUUUGCGGGUAUGAUUGUCCUUCACUCGCCCCAUGCUGUCGCGCGGUAUACCAAGCCCGAGGAAAGAGAGUUCGCCUUGGGACUGCUAACUAUAGGUAACGCAGUGGGAGGAUUCACGGCCGGAUUGGUAGGCUUGUUUGUGGAACCGUAUCUUAGGGACGAGUGCAUCCAACAUUUCUCAGCCAGUAAAGAAUUCUGUUUUACGCGUAUGCGGAAUACCACAGGAUGGGACAGUAAUUUCCAUUGUUAAUUUCAAAAUAGAAGAAAGAAAUACCUGUUAUUUUUUUUUUCAAAAUUAUUUUUUAAAAAGUUCAAUUUUGCUUCAAUUCAUACCCAUCUUCAUUUUCCGGAGUUGUCCAAACAUGG